UCUCAUCACAACUAAAAAUAUUCAUCACUACUCUCUUUGGUAUAAGAUGGGCCUGAAAGGCAAGCUGCUUGGGCAGGUAGAGAUCAGCUUUCAUGGAGAUUUAUAUCAUGAAAUCCUUAAAGAAAGACCACAUCAUCUUCCCUCCAUGUGCUCAGCUAUUCAUGAAGUUGAAGGCCAAUGGGGAACUGUGGGCUCUAGUGGCUCUACCGUCAUCUUCAAAUUUACCCAUGAUGGGAAAACCAAAACCGCUGAGGAUGUUAUUGAGGCGAUAGAUGAUGAGAAAAAAAUGGUGAAAUUCAGAGUGGUUGGUGGUGAUGUCUUGGAAUCUUAUAAGAACUUUACCGUAACAUGUGAAGUUGAUAGCAAUGGCGAUGACAACUUUGUGACAUGGACUCUCGAGUAUGAGAAGCUGAAAGAGGAAAUUCCGGAGCCACUCUCCUAUUUGGAGUUUCUUUUUAAUAUGACCAAAGAUAUGGACGAUCACCACGCCAAGCUAAAUCCAUGAAGAAGAAAUUAAAUGGAUGAUGCUUUGUAAUGUAUCAAUGCCUCGAUCUAUACUCGUAGUGUGUUACUUAAAAUAAAUUAAAGCAAUAAGGUUUUCUACCAUAUUUAAUACUUCUUAUUACCUUCAUGUGUAAUAGGAGUUCAAAUUUUUAUUGUUUAGUUUUAUAUUUAAUUUCCUGAAUUUAUAUUAUCAAUAUAUAGAUUGUAGUUUAAUUUACUUAUUUGCACUCUAUAUUGUUGAAAGUUGAAUGUUGUCAUUCUA